AUGUCGCAUCACCCACCUUCUCCGCCAGUGCUGCACUCGUUUGCAACGAAUGAAGAGCUUGUGAACGCUCUCGCAAAUUACAUUCUGAUUGCUCAAGCCGAGGCGAUCGAAAAGAAGGGAAGGUUCUCUCUGAGCGGACUGAUCGGCUCGAAUGCCAGAUGGGACAAAUGGCACAUCUACUUCUCUGAUGAGCGUCUUGUCUCACUCGAUUCUCCCGACUCCAAUUAUAAGCUUGUGGUGGACGAGGUCGUUUCGAAGACGCCUAUUCCAAGGAGCAAUGUUCACCCCAUCGACGCUUCCCUCCUGGACGAUAUCGAGGAACUCACAGACGACUACGAGCAACAGCUCGUCGAAUUCUUUGUAUCGAAGGAUUCGGCGCGUUUCCCCGUUUUCGAUCUCAUUCUGCUCGGUAUGGGGCCGGACGGACAUACUGCUUCUCUGUUCCCUGGUCACGACCUUCUAAGUGAAUCUUCAAGAUGGGUUGCAUAUAUUGAAGAUUCUCCCAAGCCUCCACCGAAACGGAUCACUCUCACGUUGCCUGUUAUUAAUCAUGCGGCUAGAGUGGUCUUUGUCGCUGCAGGAGAAUCGAAACAAGAUGUGCUCGCUACGGUUUUGGAUCAGCCUGAGGCAGGACUGCCCAGCAGCCGUGUGAGACCCGCACAUCCCGGGACGUUGCAUUGGUUCGUGGACGAUGCCGCCGCCAGGAAAGUAAAAUAUCCGAGGACACCGUACAUACACGGAAAGUUGUGA